AUGAUACUAUGGUUUUCUUUACAUUUUCGUACCUUAUUAAUAAGAACUAUUAUAAUUGUUUCAAUAUUCACGUCUUUAUACAUUCUCAGUGUAUCGAUAUUACUUGAAACUCCGAACACCAAUCUGAAUGACAUAGCUUCACAAUCCAACGAAAAAGGUACUACUGUUACUCACGUUAAUCUAACACUUACACAUACUAUCGAUGAUAAUGUUAAUAGCACACUUCAGCAAGUUAAUGACACUCAAAUUGAUAAUACGGAGGUUAAUGGCGCGAAAACUGAUGAUACGAAAGUAGAUGUUAUUCAAGUAGAUAGUACUCAAGUAAAUGAUACUCAGCCUGAUACUCAGCUUGAUACUCAGCUUGAUACUCAGAUUACGACUCAUGAUAAGCAAGUUAUUAAUAGUCACGUUAACGAUUCACAAGUUGAUGAUACUCAACUUGAAAACACGCAGGUUGAUGAUACUCAACUUGAAAACACGCAGGUUGAUGAUACUCAACUUAAAGAUACGCAGGUUGGUAAUACUCAACUUAAAGAUACGCAGGUUGACGAUACUCAGCUUAAUAAUACGCAGACGCAGACUGAUAUUCAACUUAAUGAUAAGGUUGAUAAGCAAUUUAAUAUUACUCAAGUUGAUGAAAUUCAAUUAAAUAAUACGCAAGUUAACAACACACUAGAUAAUGUCAUAUUUACGCAAGAUGAUACACGGCUUAAUGCAGUGAUAAUCGUUCUUGUUCGAAACUCUGAAUUACACCAAUUACGAAAAACGAUGAGAUCUUUUGAAGAUAGGUGGAAUAAAAAGUAUAAUUAUCCUUAUGUGUUUCUUAAUGAUCAAGAGUUUACUCAAGAAUUUAAGACUAUGACAACAGCUCUUACAAGUGCUAAAACAUAUUAUGGUUUAAUACCAGAACACAUGUGGAGCUAUCCACCGUGGAUAGACCAAAAUAAGGCUGCCGAAACACGUAGAGAGAUGGGAUUUAGACGUAUCUUGUACGGAGAUUCAGAGUCAUAUCGCCAUAUGUGUCGUUUCAAUUCAGGUUUUUUUUUUCGUCACGAACUCAUAGAAAAAUAUGAUUAUUAUUGGAGAUUAGAACCUGGUGUUGAGUUUACAUGUGAUAUCGAAUAUGACACUUUUAAAUUCAUUAAAGAAAACAAUAUUACUUAUGGAUUUACUAUUGCACUUUUAGAAGUGAGCGAGACAAUUCCUACAUUAUGGAGAACAAUAGUUGAUUUCGUUUAUAAGUAUCCUCAGUAUAUUUCUGAUAAUAAUUUUAUUAGUUUUAUAACGGGAGAUGAGAUGGCUACAUAUAACGGUUGCCAUUUUUGGAGUAAUUUUGAGAUUGGUGAUUUGAAUUUUUUCAGAAGCGAAAAAUAUCUCAAUUUUUUUGAUUUUCUAGAUCAAGCUGGUGGAUUUUAUUAUGAACGUUGGGGUGAUGCACCAGUUCAUUCAAUAGCGUUACUUCUAUUCCUGGAAAGAUCAAAAAUUCAUUUCUUCAAUGAUAUAGGAUACUCACAUCCACCUUUUCAGCAUUGCCCAAUUAAUACAGAUUAUCAUAAUGCUGGUAGAUGUUUUUGUGAUCCCGCUAGCAAUUUUGAUGACCAGUGGGGUUCUUGUACUAACGAUUGGAUUAAAAAUUAUUAA